AUGGCCCCGCUCCGCCGCCUCUGCCUCUGCCUCCCGGCGCUGCUGCUGCUGCUGCUGCCGGCGCCGCCGGUCGCCGCGGCCCCGGCCCCGGUCCCGGUCCCGGGCACCGACUGGGCCGCCUGCAAGGACCUCUCCCGGGAGCUGUCGCGGCUGCUGGGGACGCUCAAGGAGCCGCACUCGGAGCUGAACCGGGUGCAGAUUGCUGUGGAGGACCCCGAGGGGGAUUGUGCCACCCGCAUCCGCUGCAGCGAUGCCUGCGACCCCUCUGCACUGGACACGAACAACACGCGCUGCCUGCGACGGAUCCUGCAGGGGCUGCAGCACUACCGGGACCUGCUGGGCUCCGAGAUCUUCAGCGCCCACCGCCUGCCGCAGCUGGAGGCCACGCUGGACCGGCUGCUGGGGGUCGUGCAGCAGGCACCCGGCCGCCCCUGCCAGGCUCCCCUGGGCCCCACCACCCCAACCUGGGCCGAGUCGCUGCUGCCGCAGCUGCGGCACCAAGCGCUCGAGCAACUCCAGUCCUUCACCGCCGUCAUGAGCCGCGUCUUCACCUACAGCGCCAGACCCCACUGA